GAUGUUCCUGUGCUAAAGACAGCAGCUGCACGUACAAUAUAUCUUCUGAUUCAAAUUCUUUAUCAGCGCCCCGCAGGACGCAGAAAAGCUACUGUCAACAUGUGACCCGCAGCAAGCUUCCAAAUCAAUCACAAGCCCCCGUGAAGCAACACCCCUCACAUGUCCUUGUUUCCUUCGCUUGGCAAUCCUCGGUUGGCUUCUUCGAUCAUAUGAACCGGAGUGGUAGAUCUCGAAGAACAAGAAACCUCUCGCUUUGUCCAUCACACCCCCGUUCGCCAUGAAUCCGGCGACCCUGGUGCUCUUGAUUGCGGCUCUUUGCACCGAUUCCCUCUCCGCUGAAGCUCUUCCGCAUCGCAUUCCUCACAUCACCGUGCUGGGUGCAGUCUACUGCGAUACCUGCGCCUACAACAACUUCUCCAAGAACAGCUACUUCCUGCGAGGUGCCGAGGUGCAGAUAGACUGCAAGUUCGUCGCCAACUCCACGUCGAGAGAAGCGAUGUCGAUCACGGCUGACAGAACAACCGACAGAUUCGGAGUGUACAAGCUGGAAAUCCCCCCGGUGGACGGAUUCGAGUGCCGAGAAGGGCGGGAGAUCAAGUCCAUGUGCCGAGCCAGCCUGAGCAAGAGCUCGUCUCGGCGCUGCGACGUCGCGGGCUUCAGGAGUUCGACAGCGCACGUCGCCGUCAAAGACAGGGAGAGCAACGUCUGCUACUUCAACCUGAACGCAUUGAGCUAUAGACCAGCCCGGAGAAACGUGCCGCGGUGCGGGGCUAAGGAGGCGGCCAUGUCGAGUUUCGCAACUUCGUCCUUCAUCUUUUGGCCGAUUCUUCCACCAUUUGGAAUUCCUUGGCCAAGUCUCCCGUUCCCCUUCUCUCCGCUGCCGUUUCUGAUCCCACCAUCGCUUCCCUUCCCCUUCCCUCACAUUUCGUUGCCCGAUCCAUCCUCUCUUCCUUUCCCCAUCCCAUCUUGGCUUCUUCCUUUUCUGAAGCCACCGUACUUUCCCUUCCAGUUUCCUCCCAUACCUUUUCUAACUCCAACUCCAACUCCGACUCCCCCUUAUUCCUCCGGAUUUCAGCCUCCAGCUCUCGUUCCAUCAUCAAAACCUUGACGCACCUUGUCCUCCUCGGAGAGGUGUCGCAAUCCGGGAGAAACCAAGCACUAGUUAGAGACAUUUUUGGAGGUUAAUUAGCAGCUUCUUGACGAAUUUCUUUCUACUUUUUUUUAUCUGAGGACAAUGUGUGAGGUAGCUGAUCAUUUGAGAUCAGUAAAUGAAGUCACUGGGUGUUGUUGAAAGAA